AUGGAACGGAUCUGCAACACCCUUCGCGAGAAUAGGAAGCUUCCUAUGACAGACGAGCAGCUUUCAGACCUCGGAGUCGAUUUUCAUCAGUUUGAUAUCCGCACUGGUACAAUUUCUUCGCCAUCGGUUACAAGCCACUUCCUACCUCGGGUUGAUUUUCGAGAUGUUCUCGAUUCAGAUCUAGCAGCUUCACCCUUCCUAGAGGUUGCAAGCUGGUCUGAAGUGCCAGGUCCUCGCUGCUACCCAUGGAAUCUUGAGUCAAUCAAGAUGGCUAUGUUUCCAGAUAUGAUGGCCGAACAAUAUAACUAUUUUACCUUUAUAGGGAGUGGUUACUCAUUCAAGGAAUUUCACCGUGACGGGAUCCCUAAUGGCGGAUGGGUAGUAGACCGUGAUACGCAUUCACUAUUAUCAGGCCGCCGAGAGUUUCUCGACUUUGAAUGUACAAAUACCGAGAAGCUGGAGUUUCCUCUAGAUUCACUGAGCUGCCAUAAGCACAAGGGCCACCAGCGCUCAAUAGUCGGGUUCUGCAACCAGGAGAAAUGUGGUGAUAAACGGCCUUCCUCGAUGGAGCUCUUUGCGAUCGCCGUAUUAACCCACAAAGAAAUGACCAACGUUGAUCGGCAAAGGUCGUAUAAGAAUCGGUGGGAUGAGAGUCGGUCGAAUGAGGAUCGGUCGGACGAGUGCUACUUUACUUUCCCGCAUUUAGUAUUUCUGAUGGACAAAUUUGGCGGAUGCCGUAUGUUCCAGUCCUAUUUUGAUGGCAAGCUUCAUGUUCAAUUCUCGGAGCUCCUAGAUCUAGGACAUAUGAUUGCCGUGCCUGCUUACGGGGAAAAGUACUUUGAUAUGGUUGACAGAAAAGACUUUCUGGAGAAGUUGAACUUGCUUCUAAAAUGGGCAUGGCCUUUUCCACAAGGAAACACCGUUGCAAAUCCCCACUCCCACCAUCCUUCCUCUCUUCUUCUUCUUCUUCUUCAUCAACUCUUCAACUCAACUGACACACCUUGUAUGUACAUACUCAUUCCUUCUUGUCUACCCUGGACUCAUGGACACUUCAACUCUUGUGACUCACUUGUCUCCCUGCCUUCGGUGAAGCUGCCCAACGACAGCUGCAGUGGAGCGCAUCUCAAGGACCACGGCUUCAUUCCAGACCAUCUCACCCCAUAUCAAUUCCACAUUCUCACAACGAGAGUCUGGAUCCAGCUCUGA